UGUCUGUCUCAAAGAAAGAUAAUUUUCGCCCAAAAUUAAGGAUCAAAAUCGUUGGUCAGGUGAGACGCCGGCCGGCAAGAUGGAUGCGUGGCGUCGUCUCACCAACAGGGAAGCUCCCAGACAAGCGGACACGUCGUCGAGAUGCGUCGCAGAGAGCGCGUCCGUGUCGCACGACUUCGUGCUGGUAAACUACUCGCAGAUCAGGGACCUUCCCGUGAACGAGGCCGUGACCUCCGGUCACUUCACCGUCGGCGGCCACGAUUGGUUUAUCAGCUUCUACCCUGGUGGGUGGUCGACCUCGACCUCGAGGUAUAGUCAACGUGAAAAGGAGUGCCCGGGCUACGCAGCGGCGUCUGUAUGUCUCCGUCGUCAAGCAACCACAGUCGUGAUCGACGAUGGCAAACAGGAGGACGUCGGACACAGACCACUUCUGCGCUGCGGACAUUAGCCCGACGUUUCCAGGAUUUGUGCGCAGAUCCAAGCUUACAUCGCGGCGGUACCUCGUCGACGACUGCCUCACAAUCAGGUGCGUCGUCACCGUCAUCAAUCCUCGCACGGAGCGCACGACGGCCGGCCCGGCAGCCGCCGCUCCGCUGCCGGAGAUGCUCGGCCACCUCCAGCGCAUGCUCGAAGACGGCAAGGACGCGGACGUGACCAUCGACGUAGGCGGCCGGGCGUUCCGCGCGCACCGGUGCGUGCUCGCCGCGCGGUCGCCGGUCUUCGACGCCGAGCUCUUCGGCCCUAUGAAGCGCAAGGACGCGGCGGAGCACGUCGAGGUACACGACAUGGAGCCGGCGGUCUUCGAGCUGCUCCUGCGCUUCAUCUACACGGACUCGCUGCCGGGCGACGGCGAGGACUGCGGCGUCGCGAUGACGCAGCACCUGCUGGUCGCGGCAGAUCGGUACGGGGUGGACAAGCUCAAGCAGGCGUGCGACGUGAAGCUGCGCACAAGCUUGGACGUGCGGACCGUGGCGACGACGUUGGCGCUGGCGGAGCAGCACCAGUGCCCGCUGCUGAGGGACGCGUGCUUGAAAUUUAUGUCGUCGUUCCCGACUGUGCUGGCAGACGUCUUGAAGACCGACGGGUUCGGACAUCUCACGGCCAGCAUCCCCCUGGCAAAUCUGACUGAGAGCCUCCCCUAGUGAAGUGAAGGCGUCAGUACUGGCUGGGAGGAGAGGAGUCACGAACGCACGAUCGAGAUAGAAAACAUAUUAUGACUGAAAUAGAAUCCUCUCGGCGCGCCGGCCUGGCACUACAAGCAAGACUUACGCACGUCUCCUCCUCGUGGCGCUGUUAUUACCAAAAAAAAAUACAAAAAACGAUCGGGAAACGGAACGACCGCGUUAAUAUAAGCACGUCGCAGCAGCAGCGUAAUACGUGACUUUCUGUUUUGUUCUUGGAUUUCCAUUUUUCUUUUCCCGUCUCAACGGCCUGCAAUUACGGGCCCAUCUCUCUCCCUCGCUCCACCGAUCCAGCACAAAGACAUCUAUCUUUUUUUCUACCACGCAUGCACGCACGGCCCCAUCUAUCUCCUGGGGCUGGGCUGCUGGUUCCGGCGAGGGGUGGAACCGGCGUCGGCCUGCAAUGGCCGGAGCAUCGUACGCUCCUCUUAUCUCGUCGCCGCAGCUGCCGCCCGUACGACGUACGUGAGCUUCCCGCGACCGCCACCGCCACCGCCAUCCAGCUUCUUCUUUUUUAUCUUUCCUGCCAGCAUCGCCUCGCAAUUAGAAUUAUCUUUCCUGCCAGCAUCGCCUCGCAAUUAGAAUUAUCUUUCCUGCCAGCAUCGCCUCGCAGUUAGAAAUUGCACUAGUGUCGAUCGACGACGGAGCACAAACAAGAAAGAUCUCGUCUUUUAAUUUCUCUCAACGUACGUCCCUUGCUCCUCCUCGAUCUCCCCAUUAAUUCCUUGGUUACCACGCACGC